AUGAAUCAUUUUAAAUCCUCAAGACAAAUGUAUAACCAAUUAUGGUUCAGAAAAAUAAAAAAUAGAGUUUAUGGAGUACAUAAAAAGAAAUGGUCAUAUUUUUUAUAUGUCAAUAGUCUAUACAAGUAUUUGUUGGAUUACGAUCCAGAUUAUACGGAGAAUAGUUUUUAUGUACAGACAUUGGAGUCUAUUAAAGAAAUAAUCGAAAAUAUUCUAGUCGUUUUGGAGAUGUUUAAUGUUCCAGCACACUAUUUAUUUUUGGUUAUGUACUUCUCCAAUAAAUUUGUAUAUCGUGCUGGAAUUACUUAUAACCAAAUUUUCAACCUGAUGAUCACUAGCACCAUCAUAACUCUCAAUGAUUUGAGAGAGGACUCUACCAUUGAUAUAUCUAUAAUUUCAGAUAUUUUCAAUAUACCUGUUGAAGAUAUCAAUAUAAUGGAGAAUAUUUUCCUCACUGAACUAGAUUUCGACCUUGGCUGGACAAUGGAAGAAUUGGAGCUUUACAACAUUCAAAUAGAUGAUCCCACAUCGAUUCUCAAACAAUCAUUGCCACCUCAAUUAACCAACAACAAUAUCAAUAUGAAAUCACAAGAAACAACACCACCUGCUUCACUAGUAACCUCUGCAGUAGAAAGCAACUCUUCUGAAACCCAAGAUGUAUUGUCAUCCGACAUGGGAGCACCGUCCAACUCCAAUCUGAAAUGGCGCUUCCGAGAUUUGCCAAAAAAAUUAAUGAACAAACUCAAAUCUAAAUAA